AUGCUUAUUGAACCAGUGGUGAAGAGUAUGUCCAUACAGGGACUAGCAAUCGACCUGGCCGCGGUGCUGGGCGUGUUGACAAUCGCCUAUACACUUUACAAUCGCUUUGUGCAUCCGCUUCGACGCAUUCCAGGGCCUUUUCUGGCUUCUGUUACACCAUGGAUCCAGCUGUACCAUGGAUUGAAGGGAGAUCGGCAUCUGUGGCUGCACGAACUACACAAGAAAUACGGCACGCAUGUACGAGUUGCGCCGAACUUCGUUUCGGUCAACUCGGACAAAGGACUGCAUGAUAUCUAUGGACAUGGAAAAAGGUUGCAGAAGGCUGAUUUCUAUAAUGCCUUCCCGGCGAUCAAGGGCGUGUAUAACACUCACAAUGCGAUCGACAAGACAAUGCAUGGGCGCAAGCGGCGAGUUCUCAGUCAGGCAUUCUCAGAGAGUGCGCUGAAGGGCAUGGAGGAUGUGAUGCUCUUGCAUGUGCGACAGCUCUGUGCAGUCUUAGCUGGAUAUGACGAGAAGGACGAGAGGAAAGGCGAUGAUCGCAAAGGUGUCGUGCGCAACAUGGGCAAUUGGUUCAGCUAUCUGUCCUACGACGUGAUGGGCGAGUUGUGCUUUGGCAAGAGCUUUGACAUGCUCAUCGGAGAUACGCGACGACACAUGAUUGGGCUGGUUGAUCGCGCUGCGAAUCGACACUAUGUGAUCUUUAUUCGACGACUCACGCAAGACCGAUGGAACUUCAUCAUGAACUCGCGCGUCGAGGCCAACAAGCGGGCUCAAGAACGUGCCCUGGCCGGUCGCGAAGCCAAGAAGGACUUUUUCUACUACUUGCUCAAUGCCAAGGAUCCCGAGACAGGCAAGGGGCUCAGCACGCCGGAGCUGUGGGGCGAGGCCAAUGUACUCAUGAUUGCGGGAAGCGAUACAACUUCGACUACACUGGCAGCUACCCUGUUCUACCUCGUUCGGUCCCCGGCUGCCCUGGCCAAGGUUUGCGCCGAAGUGCGCGGCGCCUUCACCGAGGUUGAGGAGAUUGUAAGCGGCGCCCAGCUCAACGAGCUCGGCUACCUUAAGGCUUGUAUCGACGAAGCUCUGCGCCUCGCACCGGCCGUCCCAGGUGCGCCACCGCGCGAGGUCAUGGAAGGCGGAGCGGUCGUGGACGGCGUCUUCCUGCCUGCAGGUACUGACUGUGGCACACCUGUGUACUCGAUCCAUCGUCAGGAGCAGUACUACCGAGCACCGGAGGAAUACAUUCCAGAGCGCUGGAUUGAGGGCGCCACUUGCGCAGCAUCGGGUGCAUCGUGGACCACUAGCAAGGAAGAUAUUGAGACUGCACGUCGCGCAUUCUGUCCGUUUAGUAUUGGACCGCGCGGCUGCAUUGGAAAGAGCAUGGCAUUUAUGGAGAUGCGCUUAACGUUGGCGCGACUUUUCUUCCUCUUUGACAUGUCGCUGGCAGACCGUCAAGGUGAGGAUGCUGGGGGCCAUUUGGCGUUGGUAGACCACUUUACCAGUGCGAAGGAUGGACCAAACGUGGAAUUCUCAAAAGUAGUUCCGACCCGACGAUAG